UGGCGGGUGCUAGGCGGGCGGUGUCAGGCUCUCGGUGGCGGCGGAGGCGGCGGAGGCCAGGGAGGAAGAUGUCGUAAUGAGCGGGGGCGAAUAUGUCAGACAACCUAUCAAUUGGGCUGAUGAUGUCAGUGUUCCAGUGGCUUCUAACAGGCCUUAAUACCUGUUGGAAAUGGAUUCUCAUUGGCUGGGGCGAUUGAUCCACAGACCAGCAUGGCUGCCACUGCCGCUGUCAGUCCCAGUGACUACCUGCAGCCUGCCGCCUCUACCACCCAGGACUCCCAGCCAUCUCCCUUAGCGCUGCUUGCCGCGACAUGUAGCAAAAUUGGUCCUCCAGCUGUUGAAGCUGCGGUGACGCCUCCUGCUCCCCCCCAGCCCACUCCACGGAAACUCGUCCCUAUCAAACCCGCCCCUCUCCCUCUCAGCCCCGGCAAGAAUAGUUUUGGAAUCUUGUCCUCCAAGGGAAACAUACUUCAGAUUCAGGGGUCACAGCUGAGCACCUCCUACCCUGGGGGGCAGCUGGUGUUUGCUAUCCAGAACCCCACCGUGGUCAACAAAGGGACCCGAUCGAACACCAGUAUCCAGUACCAGGCGGUCCCUCAGAUCCAGGCCAGCAGUCCUCAGACCAUCCAGGUGCAGCCCAGUCUUACCAACCAGAUCCAGAUCAUCCCUGGCACCAACCAAGCCAUCAUCACCCCAUCCCCGUCCAGUCACAAGCCUGUCCCCAUCAAGCCAGCCCCUGUCCAGAAGUCGAGUACGACCACCACUCCGGCACAGAGCGGGGCCAAUGUGGUGAAGCUGACAGGUGGCGGCGGCAAUGUUACCCUUACUCUGCCUGUCAACAACCUCGUGAACACCAGCGACCCCGGGGCCACCACUCAGCUCCUCACGGAGAGCCCCCCUGCCCCGCUGUCUAAGACUAACAAGAAAGCCAGGAAGAAGAGUCUUCCUGCUGCCCAGCCCCCUGUGGCCGUGGCCGAGCAGGUGGAGACGGUGCUGAUCGAGACCACUGCGGACAACAUCAUCCAAGCUGGAAACAACCUGCUCAUUGUUCAGAGCCCCGGCGGGGGCCAGCCAGCCGUGGUCCAGCAGGUCCAGGUGGUGCCCCCCAAGGCUGAGCAGCAGCAGGUGGUGCAGAUUCCACAGCAGGCCCUGCGGGUGGUGCAGGCAGCGUCCGCCACACUCCCCACCGUCCCCCAGAAGCCCUCCCAGAACUUCCAGAUCCAGGCUGCUGAGCCGUCACCUACUCAGGUCUAUAUCCGUACGCCUUCUGGUGAGGUACAGACGGUCCUUGUCCAGGACAGCCCCCCGGCAACAGCUGCGACUGCCUCCACCACCACGUGUAGUAGCCCCACGUCCCGUGCUGCCCAUCUGAGUGGGACCAGCAAAAAGCACUCGGCGGCAAUUCUCCGGAAAGAGCGACCCCUGCCAAAGAUUGCUCCUGCGGGGAGCAUCAUCAGCCUGAACGCAGCACAGCUGGCAGCGGCCGCCCAGGCCAUGCAAACCAUCAACAUCAACGGUGUCCAGGUCCAGGGCGUGCCCGUCACCAUCACCAACACUGGCGGACAACAGCAGCUGACUGUGCAGAAUGUUUCUGGGAACAACCUGACCAUCAGUGGGCUGAGCCCCACCCAGAUCCAGCUGCAGAUGGAACAGGCCCUGGCUGGAGAGGCCCAGCCUGGGGAGAAGCGGCGCCGCAUGGCCUGCACGUGUCCCAACUGCAAGGAUGGGGACAAGAGGUCUGGAGAGCAGGGCAAGAAGAAGCACGUAUGCCACAUCCCUGACUGCGGCAAGACUUUCCGCAAGACGUCCCUGCUGCGGGCUCACGUGCGCCUGCACACUGGCGAGCGGCCCUUUGUCUGCAACUGGUUCUUCUGUGGCAAGAGGUUCACACGGAGCGACGAGCUCCAGCGGCAUGCCCGCACCCACACAGGGGACAAACGCUUCGAGUGUGCCCAGUGUCAGAAGCGCUUCAUGAGGAGUGACCACCUCACCAAGCAUUAUAAGACCCACCUGGUCACGAAGAACUUGUAAGGCCAACUGAGGCAGGAGGCCCCACAGACGCAGACCUGCCCGUGUCCUGCCUGGGCCUCUGGCAGAAAGGAGGCCCACGCUUCAUGGGCCCGCCUCGACCCCCUUCCUGUUGUGCAACUGUCCCCACAGGAAGGGGCUCUGCUGCCCCCAUAUGCACCUCCUUCUGAAGCCCCCUGGCUCCGCCCUGGCCCUCCCCUCUCACCACAAGCUCCUGGCCUGCCCAAACCAUGGACACUGGCCAUGCCCAAUGAGACGUUCUAAACCAGGACGAGUGGGAACCCUUAUUUCCAAAGGAAAAACAUGAAUUUCACUCCGUCGAGGAGCGAAGUGAGCCCCCUCCCCACAACACUGCCGGAGUCGCAUCGUGCCAUGCCCCCUCCCUCUCCUCCACCUCCCUGGCCCCCUCGGCCAUCGAGGACGCCCGGACGCCCAGACGCCCAGGGUCCUGCCCCCAGGGCUCCACUGGCAGCCAGUCCGCCUCCACUCCACACGCCCCACCCCACCCCGACUCUCCUCCAGCACAUUCCAACUUUCUAUUUAAAAAGUAAAGCUACCCACCCACUCCCUGAUUCCCCUCUUUUUCUAUGGAGAACGUUGCCUUAUACUCUACUUCCAAUGAUGAACACUGUGUAUUGUGUGUGCUUUAAAGAAGUUUAUUUAAUUGCUCCCUUCUUCCUGUCCUUGUUACUCACCUCCCCCAUGCCUGCUUUUAGUUUAGGGUUUCUGGGGGGCAAUGAUGAGCAUAUGAAUUUUUUUUCUCACUUUAGCAAUUCUCUUUUCUAAAUGACACAGCAUUUCAACCCAAAUCUGGAUUCAGAUAAAACACCUUCCCAUCCUGAACCUCAUCCCUCUCCUCAUCAUCUCACCCACCCCGACCAGCCCAAGCCCUCCAUGUGUACAGUGUAUAUUGUAUAAUAGACAAUUGUGUCUACUACAUGUUUAAAAACAUAUUGCUUGUUAUUUUUGAGGCUUUUAAAUUAAAACAAAAAUCCAACUUUAUUUUUAGUUGUAACUGCUUGAGGUAUGUUUUAUGAAUUAAGUGACAGAUUUGUUAUCCUUUAUUAACGAUGUACUUUGUUGGUCAGCGCUGGGCUGACAAAAAUUUUUUCUUGCUAAUAAAUUUAGUUGCCUGAGGCAAAAUCUGCAA